UGUGUGGUCAAGGAGACAACAUGAUGGUCCUCAAGGUCCUGUUAGCAGCUCUCCUCUGCAUUUCCCAAGUCGCGGCCACGUGUCCCGAGAGCGAGCAGAUCCACUGCGGAACCAGCGAUCGCUGCACGAGGAUCCGCUACAUCUGCGACGGAGACAACGACUGCGGCGACUAUUCCGACGAGGAGAGCGCCAUCUGCGGGGCUUGGCGCAAUGAGUACUGCGAGCGAGGCUCCGUCAGGUGUCGCAGGAUGGGAGACACCAACUGCGUCACCAUCAGCCGCUACUGCGAGCUCUCCGACCCGCCGUGUGAGGGGGACCUGGACAUGCGUCUGUGCCAGGUCCUAAAUGAUUGCCCAGAAACGGGUGCCAGGUGCCAUAGGAGUGCCGUUGACCAGCACUCUGCCCCUCUCCCCAAGCGUCUUCCCAACCAGAAGUCCGCCCCUUCGCUUAAUCUCAACCAGUGA